AUCUCGAUAUUAUGAUAUGCAUGUAAAGCUGUAUUUGGAUGCAUGGUCGUCCCUCGCAUGUGCCAGCCCGAAACCUUGAACCCUGGACAGAUCGCAACCCAAGAGAGUACAUGAAGGCAGCAUCUUGACUUGCACUCUGAGCAGCUUAGCGACCUAGGAUCAAGGCUGCCUUUUCGUAUUGACUGGGUACUUGCUUCGUUCCACGUUGGAUUUGUCAGUGAAACAGCUCUUGAAAGAGGCCACGUCUGCCAAGGAUUCCGCCACCUGCGGCUAUCUCGAAACAGCUUCCUUUCAAUCCCAACCUUCGAUAUAUCUCAGACCUCACUUGCAAUUGAGGACUGCAGUACUCCAUCAUCAUGCUUUUCAACCGUAUUCUCCCAGCGGUCGUCGCGCUGCUCCCCGCUAUUGCCUCCGCGUCCGCGCCCGCGUCGUCCGUUAUCGACCUCACACCCAAGAACUUCGAUGAAGUUGUCUUGAAGUCGGGCAAGCCUGCCCUUGUCGAGUUCUUCGCCCCGUGGUGCGGUCACUGCAAGAACCUUGCCCCUGUCUACGAGGAGCUUGCCACCGGUUUCCAGCACGCCGCUGGCAAGGUCUCGGUCGCAAAGGUCGAUGCGGAUGAGCACAAGUCCCUAGGCAAGCGCUUCGGCGUCACUGGGUUCCCCACACUGAAGUGGUUCGAUGGAAAGAGCGAUAAGCCCGAGGACUACAAGGGCGGCCGUGACAUCGAGAGCUUGACCAAGUUCAUUACCGAGAAGACCGCUGUCAAGCCCAAGGUCAAGGGCAAGCUUCCUAGCGCUGUCACAUUCCUCGACGACCAGAGCUUCAAGCAGAAGGUUGGAAAGGACCAGGAUGUUCUCGUUGCUUUCACCGCUCCCUGGUGCGGACACUGCAAGACCCUCGCCCCCAUCUGGGAGGCUCUCGCCACCACCUUCGUCAACGAGCCCAAUGUCCUGAUCGCCAAGGUUGAUGCCGAAGCCGAGAACGCAAAGGCUCUUGCUAAGGAGCAGGGGGUCUCCUCAUACCCCACAAUUAAGUUCUUCAAGAAGGGCUCCCUUGAGCCCACUCCUUACGAGGGUGGCCGUUCCGAGGAAGCUUUCGUCUCAUACCUCAACAAGAACUCCGGUACCCACCGCGCUGUUGGCGGUGGUCUCGAUGCCACCGGUGGCACUAUCGAGGCUUUUGACACUGUGAUCGAGAAGUUCAAGAGCGCUUACGGCGAUGGUGUCGAGGAGGCCACAGCUCUUGCAGCUACCUUGAAGGACAAGUACGCCCAGUACUACGUCAAGGUCUUCCAGAAGGCCGGCGCCAACAAGGAGUACGCUCAGAAGGAGUCCAAGCGCCUGCAGGGCUUGAUCAGCAAGGGCAACCUUGCCCCGGAGAAGCUCGAUGACUUGAUUAGCAGGAGCAACAUCCUGCAGAAGUUCUUGGGCACUGAUGACAAGAGCGAGUUGUAGGGAAACAGCUGUAAAUUGGUCACAACGGGGCCAAGAUCAAUGUGUGCCAAACAGGAGCGAGAUGUACUCCACAAGAGCAAGAUGUGCUCCAAACAAGAGCGAGUUAUAGCGACGACGUUCCUUGAGACUGGAUCUGUAAUGAACGUAGGAGACUCUUGGCUCACACAUGACACGAUAAUGAUUGAGCGUAAAGAUAUAGGAUUAUGAUAUCAAUACAAAAGC